GCGGGGCGAGCCGGUGAGAGCCGGAAGAGCUUCCGGCAGACUUCAACUUUACCUUUGCACUGUGCAGAGCUUCCCUUAGCCGUCCGCAGCAUUCAUACCUCGUUUCAAGCCCCGAUCCACCAAAGCUGCUUUCUCGAUAGGAAGCGGCAAUGGCAAUGUCUGUGGAUUUUAAAACCAAUGCAGAUCAGGCCUGUAGAGCUGCUGAAGAGUUUGUCAAUAUUUACUAUGAGACCAUAGAUAAAAGAAGAAGGGUACUGACUAGAUUGUACCUUGAUACAGCUACUUUAGUUUGGAAUGGAAAUGCCAUAUCUGGACUAAAUGCUUUGAGUGAAUUUUUUGAGACUUUGCCUUCCAGUGAGUUUCAGAUCAGUGUGGUAGACUGCCAACCUGUUCAUGAGCAAGCGACUCAGAGUCAAACAACCGUCCUUGUGGUGACCUGUGGAACAGUGAAAUUUGAUGGGAACAAACAGCGCUAUUUCAACCAGAAUUUCCUGUUGACUGCCCAAGUCAUGCCAAACAGCACCGUGUGGAAGAUCGCAAGUGACUGCUUCCGGUUCCAGGAUUAGGCUAAUUAGGCCUGGCCAAAAAUGGGACUCUCUUGUCUCUGGCCCAAAUGCUCCAGUAUUCUUUCUUUAAAAUGUCUGAAAUUCAUUCAUGUUUUCCUGUCGUCCAGUUCGUUUCAAAAGUGCUGUAAACCCAGGGUGCUCCAGAGCGGAUAUGUCUUUCAAAAUGGCUUAAAUUCCUAGUAGCAACUUUCAUGGUCACUCUCAAAAGCAGUGGAAUUGUGUUUAGCUGUAACACGCCUUUUAAAUACUCGGUAACUGAAAUGCUGAGCGAUGACUGCUUUGUUAAAAGAGUAACUACCCCAAGAUAACAAACAGUAUAAACCUGAUCCCUCACAAAGAUGGAAUUCUUUGUGUCCAUGAGCCCUCUCAUUAGCUUAGCAUCACACCAUGGGAUGUACAGGGUUGUACAGGGUAAAUAAUAUACAAACACUCACCUCCAUUCAGUAAACAUGAAAGUGCCCUCAACUUAGGACCCAUCUAAGUCAGGACAAUCAAAACACUGUUGAUUUUUACUGGCUGGGUUUUCAUAACUGCUCAGAUGUUUUGGAAAUGUACUUGUGAAGUGAUGUUCAGAUUGUGAAUUUUAAUGAAUUAUAAAGUUAAUAUUAAAAACCAGUAGAACCAAACUAUUUGUGAAACUAGAUAUAUUUGAAUAAAAGAGUUUGAAUGCA